AGCGGACACGCACGCCGAGCGGCUGCGAACGCUGCACCUGCGUGCAAGUAGAAGUAGACUGCGCGACGCUACAGAAAGAGUGUGACACUACCAAGUGCCAGUACGGCAUCUCCAAGUACGUCAGCGAAGACGGCUGCACCAGGUGUACCUGCUUGAAGCACCCUUGCGCUAACAAGAACUGUGCACCCGGGGAACGUUGUGUAGCCACAAGGUACAAGGUAUCGGUGACAGAUGAGAUGCAGUACACGGCUGACUGUAGAACCGUGAACAAGCCAGGCGAAUGUCCACCCCUGAAUCUACUGCGAGCUUUAACGGAGAGAAACUGUCGACGCGAGUGCAAUGACGAUGCGGACUGUCUCGGUGUCGGAAAAUGUUGCGUGCGAGGCUGUAGUCAGCUCUGUAUGGAGCCAACUCCUGCUACAACAUCAGCACCCACAAACAUUUACAAUCCAGGUGUACCGCAAGCUCCUCAACCUAGUGAGGAAAGAGAACCGGAAGUACGCGCAAGUGAAGGAGGAGUUGCGACCCUCAGAUGUCUAUUCCACGGGAACCCUCCGCCUUUGAUCACCUGGCGACGAAACGAAAUAACGAUCAACGGUGACGUCCGAAGAUAUCGUCUGUUAUCAGAUGGAGCGUUAGAAAUAGUAUCUCUGUAUCGUAACGACUCUGGAGUCUAUAUUUGUAUCGCGAAUAACGAAUUGGGGAGUGCCACGCAGGAAGUAACGUUGCAUGUUGAUGAUCCUGUGGAAGGACCGGCUGGUGUCGCUAACAUACCCAACGAGGAGAUCUUCGGAGACCUUGGCCAACCCCUCAGAAUCCGAUGUCUCGUGUACGGUUACCCAACACCGACUAUCUACUGGUACCGGGGUCUGAACGGGCCUAUGGUGCCCUACAGCAGCUCACUGUAUGAAGCUAGAGACAACGUCUUACUAAUCAGGAAACUGAACGAAGAGACUAUCGGAGAGUAUGCUUGUCACGCAUAUAACGGAAUAGGCUCGUCGGCGAUAUGGCCUUUUGUGGUUCAAGCGAGCCGACCCGACGGAUCUGUGGAGAUACCUAAACAUGUAACCCAACUUGAAGUCCCGGUUACGACCCCACAGAUACAAACCCAGGCAUCUACCACACCAGCACCAGAAAACCAGGUUCCACUCUACGCCGUGCCCGUGACAACCCGUAUCAACGCAGAGCGAACUCAAGUGGUGGCCGGCUCGGAGAUCAGAUUAGCAUGUGACGUAGAUGGCUACCCUGAGCCGCGUGUGCAAUGGACCAAAGACAGGAUGCAGCUCACAGCCACAGACAGGAUACAAAUCACAGAGACACGUUUGACAAUAUUCCGGGCACAGUCGAAUGACAGCGGCGAGUACAGCUGCGAGGCGGCAAACGAAUACACGUCACAUUCAUCUGUCAUCAACGUCACUGUCAAAGGUAUCUACAUACCACCAACGUGUGUGGAUAACCCGUACUUCGCGGAUUGUCACCUCAUCAUCCGCAGCAAUUACUGUCGUCACAAAUAUUAUUCUAAUAUCUACUGUUCGUUGUGCACGUCGUGUGAGUGAGAAAGUAUGAUGUGUGACGCCAUAGACGCGACCUAAACGCGCGUGAUCGGUCUUCUUGCUUUUUUGUAACUGCGAUUCCUCUGGUUUUGCAAGAAAACAUUGUAGGUGAUCACUUGCCAUCAGGUGACCCAAACGUUCGUUUGUCCUACUCUAUAAAAGAUUGGCAUUGUUUGAAUUUCAGAAUGCAAGGAUAUUGAUGAGCCUAUUGAUGUUGGAAUUAGAACUAGAACUUCACCAGUGGGAGGCUCCUUUGCACAGGAUGCCGGCUAGAUUAUGGGUACCACAACGGCGCCUAUUUCUGCCGUGAAGCAGUAAUGCGUAAUCAUUACUGUGUUUACAUUACUGGGCAAAUGAGACUUUACAUCUUGUCUCAAGAUGACGAGCGCAGUUGUAGUGCCAGUCAGAAUUUAUGGGUUUUUCAAU